UCCCUCAAUUUGGGAUGUCAGCCGUAGCCGUGUCGUUCGAAUAUGAAGUGUUGUUGCGUAAAACUAGCACAGGAGCACCGCACCUCCCCACUCUUGGACAAACAACUACUGACGUUGCACAAAAGCCAUGCGGCGCAUAUGUGUUGCCAUUUUUAUUGCGAAUCUUUGCCUUCAGAUAUCCUGUGAACGCAUCAACACCCCACGGUGCGGUAGAGCGCUCCCACUUUCAAGAAUUGUCAACGGACAAACAGUUUCAAGGACAAGAAUGCCGUGGAUUGUGUUUCUUCGAGUGUCCUUUCGUCGAGGAAGCCAUGUUCACAACAUCCUGGCCUGCAGCGGCAGCAUUGUAUCUCCCAGCUUUGUGGUUUCAGCUGCCCACUGCCUAACUGAACCGAACGACGAGACAGCCGCCUCCAGUGUCAUGGUAUACUAUAACAGCACGGAAAGAAAAAAGGGGCCCAAAAUACAAGCAAAACGUUUCGCUCGCCACCCAGAAUUUGUACUGAGAGUUUACGCCAAUGACGUUGCGAUUUUGCAGCUUGAAAAGCCAUUAAACUUUGACAAGUUUGUCUCACCAGUAUGUCUCCCUAAAAAGCCGAUAAGCACUACUGGAAGGCCUCUACUUAUCGCUGGCUGGGGGUUCACCAAGGAAGGUGGCCCGGACUCUGACACACUCCGAUAUAUUCUUAAGAAGGAACUGCCAUAUAAACAGUGCAAGCCCCUGUUACAUCAUGAAGCCCAACUGACACUUAAUGAAACCAUCGUCAUUUGUGCGACAGCAAGGUCUAAAGAUGCCUGCACUGGCGACUCUGGUGCACCAGUGACUACAUGGAACAAACGUGGGAAAUUUUUUCAAGUCGGGAUUGUUUCCUUUGGCUACGGCUGCGCCAGGCCAAAUGACGCGAGUGGUUACACGAGGGUAGCCACCUUUGUACCCUGGAUAUUGAGUGUAAAGAAACGCUAUGAACGAGACGGCCACAGCAAAUAAAAACUAAACCCAGAUA